UUCAGCCCCUCCAGUCCCUUCCUCCAUUCGCUUAGAUCAUGACUGAUCUGUAUCUUAACUUCAUGCACCAGCCCCGGUUCGAGAUUCCUUUAGUGCCCUGUGCCUAACGAAAGAAAUCUAUCCAUCUCAGCCGGUGUUUUCGAAUGUCUUCCUGGAGAAUUGAGGCUGGUCAGUUUUUGAAAUGAUGUUCCCAAGUGUGAUUGCUCCUUCAGCAAUGUACCCGGGCCUCUUGCGGCCAACCCCAACUCUAACUUUGCCCCAGUCUUUACAGUCCGCGUUUUCCUCCCAUGCAAUGGGGGCCAGCUUCCUGGUGGAGGAUCUGCUGAGGAUCAGUCGGCCCACCAGCUACCUGCCCCGAUCUGUGUCCGCCACCCUCUCUCCGCCAGCUUCCGGGUCCACGACCAGCCCAAGCCCAGUGACAACAGAACAAGUCAGUAUCGCCAGCUCUGUCACAAGUGGAAUAUGCUCGCCACACAACUCCAAUUCUCCAAGCAACGAUUCCAAUUACCUAAAGUUUGGCGUCCACGCUAUACUCUCAUCAACCCCAAGAACCGAAUCGUCUCACCCGUUGAUCCAAGGGCUUUCGCCGAAGGCCUUCUGCUUCCCUUACUUUGAAGGCUCCUUCCAACCCUUCCUCCGCUCCUCGUACUUGCCAGCCUCCUCCUCCGUGGUCCCCAUCCCUGGUACAUUCUCUUGGCCACUCGCCGCUCGGGGCAAGCCCAGGAGAGGGAUGCUCCGCCGGGCUGUUUUCUCGGAUGUGCAGCGGAAAGCUUUGGAGAAGAUGUUUCAGAAACAGAAGUACAUCAGCAAGCCAGACCGACGCAAACUGGCAGCCAAAUUGGGACUGAAAGAUUCCCAGGUGAAGAUUUGGUUUCAGAACAGAAGAAUGAAAUGGAGGAAUUCUAAAGAAAGGGAGCUGCUCUCCGCUGGCGGCUGUCGGGAGCAGACGUUACCCACGAAGUUAAACCCUCACCCGGACCUCAGCGACGUGGGCAAGAAGUCACCCUGCAGGCUCCACUCAGGGGACGAGGAGGAGACGGGAGGCAGGGACAGUCCCAAAUCUUCCAUAUGUCAGUCGCCAGACUACAAGAGCCUGGACAGCAUGGACACACACCUUCGCCUCCUGUCACACCAACACACUGGCCAGCACACGUAUUUCUCAGAGGAAGAGGAAGAAAUAACCGUUUCAUAAACUUAUCUCCUCCAGAUCAUUUUGCGAAUGGACUUUUUCAUUGGUUGCAAAGUGGGAGGGGGGAAAUCCGAAUCUUUACGUGCCCGAGGCUGCUGUCUGUGCACAGCUUCAGUAAUCUGUACACAGUUUUUUUUUGUACAAAUUAUGCGAGUUGUAUGAAUAUUUUAUACCAAGAUUAUUAUGAAUGACUAUACGUAUAGUUUGAUUAGAUUUUAAUUAAAAGUUUGCAAACUUUUUAAUGACUUAACUUGAAAAUGUAGACUUUUGAGGUCAUAACUUAUAAAGAAAGUUUUUAUUUUGCAUUCUGCAGUGUAUAGGUGCACAAUGUUUAUAUUAU